AUGGCGGCAGAAAAGAGAAAAUUUGUCAUUCCAAGUGUUGAACAAUUAGAUGAGAAAGAAGCGGCCAGUUCGAAUUCUGGUCAAACUUUCAAGCUUUUCAAAUCAUCUUCUGAUUCAUUCAAAUCAGUUAAGAAGAAUUCGGACGCUGAAGCCAGGAAGAGGUUGCUAAAAGCUUUGUCUCAAACUACGACAAAGUCUGCAGAAAACAAGACGUCUCCAUCCAGCAAGAUAGCAACAGAAAGCCGCGGUGAUGGCGCCGCAUUGAAGGAAGCGCAUCUUAAAUGUAGUUCUUCAAGUACUGAUAACAAUGAGGCAGGCRAUGUUGGGAAAACUUUCAAAGACAACUUUGCRUUUCUUAAAAAUACUAAACACUAUGAAGAAGCAGAAGCUAAAAUGAAGGAAAUCGAGUCUGCUAAACCAGUGCAGUGUAAAGUCUCCAUUCCCAGUAAACCCAAGCCAAAUGCAAUCCAAGUGAACCCCAGACAGAAAGCAAACCCAGUACUGAAGUUUAUUCGUUGUGUUCCCUGGGAGUUCAGUGAUAUUGUACCUGAUUACGUCAUGGGUGUCACAACAUGUGCUCUAUUCCUMAGUCUGCGGUAUCAUCACUUCAAUCCCAACUACAUUCAUGAAAGGUUAAAGCAGCUGGGAAAAUCAUAUGAAUUGAGAAUUCUUCUUGUCUUAGUUGAUGUGAAAGAUCCACACCAAACAUUGAGAGAGCUAGCAAAGAUGGCCAUUCUUGCUGAUCUGACACUGAUGCUGUCUUGGAGCUCAGAAGAAGCAGGCAAAUACCUGGAAAUUUACAAAGUGUAUGAAAAUAAGCCAGUUGAUGUUUUACAAGGACAAAAUGAYGGAGACUAUUUAUCAAAACUUCAAGAUUGUCUGACCACAGUCAAAGGUAUCAACAAAACUGAUGUGUUAACACUGAGUUCAACAUUUGGAACGUUAGCUGGAAUCACAUCAGCAUCACAAGACGACUUGACAUUUUUACCGGGAUUUGGAGAAGUGAAGGCUUCAAGAUUACAGAAUAUAUUACACGAACCAUUUCUAGUGAAAAACAUAUCACAGGCAGACAACAAGACAUGACGUAAAUAAGAGAAAAUCAAUUAUUCAGCCUAAUUGAAACGCCAUUGUUUGUAUGAACCAAAGUUAAGUGGAAUGAUGUGUGACAUUGACCUAUUGCCCGGGACCUAUUGCCCGGGACUAUUGCCUGGGACCUAUUGCCCGGGACCUAUUGCCCGGGACCUAUUGCCUGGGAUCUAUUGCCCGGGAACUAUUGCCCGGGACCUAUUGCCUGGGAUCUAUUGCCUGGGACCUAUUGCCCGGGAACUAUUGCCCGGGACCUAUUGCCCGGGAUCUAUUGCCUGGGACCUAUUGCACGGGAACUAUUGCCCGGGACCUAUUGCACGGGACCUAUUGCACGGGACCUAUUGCCCGGGAUCUAUUGCCCGGGACCUAUUGCCUGGGACCUAUUGACCGGGACCUAUUGCCCGGGAUCUAUUGCAACUCAUCAUGUGGAAAUGGUAGUGUGAGACCGAUAAGCAUUUUGGGAAUUUCCUAAUACGAUGAAUCUCUCGUCAAAUGGUACUUGAUUUAACCUCAACGGUGGUGRCUUGACAAACGUUUUCAUUUAAAUAUUUCAAAAAAGAUAAUCAUAAGAUAAGAUAAUUAAGAAGUUAAUCUGGCAUUAAUCUUAAUCAUGGAUUUGGUUACUUGGUGGUAUCGUUUGGUCCUGAUAAUAUAAUUAAGACAAAGCACUCUUGUUGCCUUAUAAUCAACGAUACUGGAGGGUCAUUAAAGGAAUUCACAGCAUCGGUAGAGUGUGAUGUGGUAUUUGUGGUUCUACCCAUAAUGAUGGACGCCUAUGCCUGCAUUGUACAGUGAUAUAGCCAGGUACAACAAUUAUAUAAUGAGAUACUGAAAUGGUGCAUGAGACACUACGAUGAUGUCAAUAUAUAAUCGGUUACUGGAUGAUACAAUAAAAUAUAUAUAAAGUUUACGA